AUGCAAAACAUAAUUGACACGUACGAAAUAAUUGGGAAAAUCGAUGACCAGAAAUCCAUUUCCUCACACAGUUUGCUGAGCCAUGAGGAGUCUCAUGAAGAGUCCCUGGGUGCAGGGGGGUACGACCCCAAUUUGAACAACGCGGAUGGGAAAAUAAUAGAAAGUACGCUAAAUGAGGAAGAGGCUGAACAAGCGAACAAAGAAAACGGGUGUGAAAGGUACAAUGUGAAGUGCGCAAAAGGGGACACCAGUCAGUCCAAAAGUUGCACUAUGGAAAAUAUGAAAAGAGAGUUGGAGGGGGAGACAAAUUCUGGCAACUUAAAUGGUGGGAGCCAAAGCAACUUGGCGAGCAUCCACGAUGGUGUUGCGAAAGCAGAAGCAACUAAGGUCUUCCCCCCGGAAAGCAAAAAAAAUGACAAUAUGGAGGAUACUCUAAAUGGGCAUACCACCCAUGGAGCAGGCCGCCCCCCUACUGCGGACAACCCGAAUAGCAACUGCAAAAACAGCUGUAAAAAGCAUUACAAGGUGUUGAUACACGCACCUGCCUGCUGGAAGGGAGAAAAGUUUAACUCCACCCCCUUCAUUUUUGUAUACGACAAAUCAACUAACUUUUUUACAUAUAGUGAGUCUCCAUUAGAAAUUGAGAAAUACAUAAUUGAUACGAGUGCAGACAAUUUCGAAAAUAGGGUAUUGACAAUUAUUUUUUACGACUCCGUUUUUGCCUGCACCACUUCAUCCCUUCUUCUGAAAAACAACAAAGGAGAUAUUCAAAACUUACCCAAGCCACUGAGCGUAUUUUACCUCCCCCUAAGCAAGCUAGACUUAUGUAACGAUUCUGUUAAGUAUAGGUUGGCUCUCAGAACGAACAGUAUCCUUUGCGAUGUAAAUAUAAAAGAAGCCAUUAGCUUGUUCAAUAAUAAUUCCAAAAUAGCAGGACCAAAUGUAAAUAAGUUCAGCUUACAUUUUAUUUUAAAAAAUAGAAACUACAAUGACAAUGAGCCAUAUAGCUACCUGAAUUAUCAAACGAAGUUUUACGGGUUACCCAGAUCUAACCUCUCAUCAUGUGUGCAAAAAUAUACAGGGGCAAAUAUGAAUAGGGCCCCUAGCCAUGUGGCCAAUAGGUAUUUAACCAAAACGUCAAAGAGCCAAGUGCAUACCUUUACAAAAAACCAGACGGAUCCGAAUCAGUUUGUUUCCCUAGAGAGGUUAAAAAAUAAAUGGGAAAAUUAUAACCAGGCGAAUAAUGAGAAGACGACUCAACAACAUUCCGCAUACACUCCCUUGAAGAAAAAGGACACGAAACUUACUUCGUACGAUGUACCAAAUGAUAGUGAAUCGUUUGUUAGCAGAGUCAAAUCGGAGGUGGCUCGUCAGGAGGCCGCAAUGGGUAGGAAACGAUCAGCUGGGAAGGAUACUCCAAUGUAUGGCGAAGCGAACAAUGAGAAAGGAAACGAAGUUAAGAGGAACCUUAAUAGAAAGAACACUUACAAUACUACUGCAGAGAUGAACACGUAUAAUUAUUCGAAAAUCAAAUCGAUGUAUGAACUGAUAAAUGCUAGUAAGGAAAAGUUGUCAACCGAUUUCGAUGUGAAGGAUGACGUAUUCCCAGAAGACAGCGCGUCCAUGAUAAACGUUUUUGAAAAGGGGUCCAUAUUGUCUGAAAGAGGAAAGCAGGGUAUGGAGAGGGGAAGCACUUUGACCAGCAAUAUGAAGGCCGCCAACGAUAUGUACACUCGCGUGAAGAGUGUCAUGAAGAAGGGUGGUGAUGCUAGCCGAAACAAUGGAGAUAACUUUGGGGAGGGUUUGGAAGGGCAACCAGAGGAGCGAAACCGGGAAGGCGACUUGGAAGGCAACGCAAAGAGCCAAGUUGACCAUAUCGCAGAGCAUAGGUCGGUGUGUUACUCCCAGGUAGACAACUUGAGGUACUUCAACGCUAACAACUCUGUUUGCUCAUCCUACGGGAUGAACGACGAAAAUGUCAUUCUGGCCAUGAAGGAGAUUAAGCAAUGGAUGGAGAAGAUAGAAGACAAAAUGAGUACCAUCUCAUGCGACAAAAGCGACCUGAAUGCAGCAGUAGGACAGAAGGAACACACAGAUAGGAGAUACAACAAAAUUAUAGCCUUCCUAUUUAAAACCAUCAAAAAUAACAUAAGGCUGAAAAAUAAGUGCAUAUACAGAACCUGCUAUCUGAACAUACGAAAUCUGUACUUGUUAAAAAAAAAUGAAAAAGUCAAAUUUGAAAAUAAACUCUUGAUGAGGAAUUACGGCAAGCUAAAGUCCAAAUACAGAAACGUACUUGUGAAUCUGUGCAAAAAAAAUUUACUUAUAAAGUACUAUUCUAUAAAGGACAAAUUUCAAUACAGCAAAAAAUACGAAAAUAUGAUGAGACAUUUACAGCAGGAAAAAAAUGACCUACUUAGCAUUAUAGAAGAGAAGAAAUACCUGCAGGAAAACAGCCACAAUAUCAACUUGGUACUUUCUGAGGAGUUAAAAAAGGCGCAGGAAGAUAAGGAGUCCAUCAUUAGCAAAAAUUUCUUCUACAAAAGUGAAACGGAUAAAGCUACCACCAAGUGUAUAAUGUUACAGCAGGAGGUGGACCGCUUGAACGAGGAGCUAGAAUGUGCAAAACGGGAAAAUGAACAGGCGAAGACAGGCACGGGACAGAUCAAAUUGGAGACGGAACAACUCAAAAUUGAGAGAGAGCAACUAAGAAUAGAGAGGGAGCAACUCAAGAUGGAGAAGGAGCAACUGAAAAUGGAAGCGGAGCAACGCAAACUAGAGAAAGACGCCCUCAUAAAGGAGCUGGGAGACACGAAGGCGAAAUAUUUCAACCUUACAGGGAUACUAGAAGGAGAGGAAAAAAUGUACAGCCAAAAGGUACAAGAGAUGGAAAAAAAAAUCGAAAAUUUGACGGAGGAAAAAAAUACACUCAUUAGCGAAAUAAAAGGAGAAAUUGAUAACUACACAAAAAUGCUAAGCGAAAAAGAAAUGGAAAAUACCAAAAUGAAAGAGAAGCUGAAGGAGUUAAAAAAUGUAGAGGACAAAUACAAAGACACGCAAAUCAAUUUUGAUUCGCUUAAAAAAGAAUUUGAAAAAUCAUUUGAUGAAGUCCAAAUUAUUUUAAAAGAAAUGAUACAAAAGGAGAAGGAGUACACAAAGAAGUACAACAAUUCCAUUAAAUCUUUAGAGACGGAACAUAACAAGGUUGUGGAGCAGCUACUCAACGAGAAGGAGCAAUCCGUGACAGAAAUUAAUUACUUCAAAGAUGUGUGCCAUAGUCAGUGUAAUAAAAUGACCACCUUUGAUGAAAGCCUAAGCGCAGCGGAAAAAUUGCUAAACCAUGUUCUGUCUCAGUACCCACAACUGUUCAACGAUUUUAAAGUCAGCUCCAGAAACAAUGUACUAAAUAAGUCCUUUGGAAAAAUGCACUACGAAAACAUUCAAGCUGUGCGAGAUAAUAUUAAACUAAUUAGAAAAUCCUUGAGUCAAUUCAAGAUGAGCUAUAAAAAUAGUUCCUUCAACUUCCAAAUGGGAUCUGAAUACACCAGAAAGUACUCGACCCAGAAGAAGGGCAGCUUGUCGGCCGUCACGGGAAAUAAAAGAAUGAACAACAUUUUGAGGUACUACGAGAGUUAUCACAGAUGUGCUAAUGAGGAAGGGCAGCCAUACGUUGAAGACGAACCCUUAUGUGAAGAGCAAUCCAGCAGGAGGAGAUCCAUCAGCAAUAACAGCGCUAGAAAUAUGUCCAUCAUUUCGAACACCACGAAAAGUAUCAACUUGAAAAACAAAAUCGAUUCGUACAAUGCCCAGAUGCAAAAAAAUGUCUCUCAAAGUAGAUGCAGAAGUGGAUCCGUUAGUGGCAGGCAAAAGGGGUCCAGAGUAUAUGACGACUUGAAGAAAAGAACCUGUAGCAGACAGGGAAGCCAUGAUGAAGGGGCUCCAAAUAAGGGCCUAGAAGACGGCAGCUUGGGUGAUCAGCUAACAGAAAGGGACUCAUUAAGAUACACCAAAUCGAAAAGAGAAGAACUCCGUGAGGAAGUGACAAAAGGGGGUCACCUUUCUGCGGGAGAACCCUACGAGACUGCGAUGGAGUGGAACAUAGACCACAGCAACGGGGUCAGGGGGCCUAGCGACGUGAGACGCGUAAUUGGCAUAGGAGACCUUGAUAGUACAAAUUACCCAAACGACAUAGACGAGCUGAACCACAUCGAUAUUGUAAACAUGUACGAGGACAAUGGCUACUUCAACGAGGGGGAUGCUACCAAUGGGUCCUCCCCGCAAGGCGCAUCGAACACUCCCUCGAGCGCCCCAUCCAAUCCAGCCGAGACAGACGCAGAAGCAAAGAAAAAAAACGACGCGAAGGAGAAUUACGAGUUUGACAAAAACAACUUCAAAGAAAUCAUAUCCUUUAUUGAACAAAACGUUAUAAAAAAUUCAGAAACUCUAAUUACAAGUGGGAAGGUUAGGAAGGAUGUGGAUGUUUGGAAAGGAGUUUCUGGGAAAGGAUCCCUGGGUGAGAAUUACAAGGGGGAAAAAGAAGCUAUGUGCGAAAAUCAGGAACAACCCGUUGGUUAUGUUAAGGCGGAAGACAAGGAUAGAUCACCCAGGAGGGCAAUAAAGGGUCAGAACAAUAUAUAUCAAUCUGAUGCAAGCAAAAAAACAGGAACGUUUAAGUACACAGAUAAGGUGACCAAACACGUUUCCGACAACAGCGUUGUGAAAAGUGUUAGUAAUAACUCCAGGGCGACUAGCAGUUUAGGUCUUAUGGUGAACAGCAAGGGUGGUCACGUGAUUGCACUGCCAACUGGGCAGCAAAGCAGCAGAACCAAGAACUCAAGCAACACCACAUCUGUGACGAAAACGGUAGUCAGCAGCUCCAGGAAAAAUUCCUCCAUGAUAUACAGAAAGGGAAGCGAAAGUAGCACCGUCAGUAAUAACAAUGAGAGUGGGGUGAAAGGGCAUAUUAGUACUAACUAUAGGUAUAAGGGUGCAGAUGAGUAUGGUAAACAUUUGAAAAAAGACAACUCGGACCUUCUCAAAUACGCCAAGGGGUCCGUAGUAAAGAAGAGUAUAACUGCGGACAAGGAAUGGAAUACAAGUAACAACGCGAAUAAACCAGCUCUUUCGAGGACCUAA